AAUAUUCCUCGGAGCGGGCACAGGGGACAAAAGUUUUAUUUUGAAGGUCUUGACCGGAAGUCUUAUUUUCCGUUUUAUUGUGUGUAGCUUUAUAUAACGUUAUGCUGUCAACGGGUUAAAACAGACUAACUGUGUAGCAUAGCGGCCGUGUAGCCUCUUUGAUGUGCCGGGGAACGUUCCACAGCACUGCGAUGAGAGCGGGGACAGCAGAGCGGCGGUAAAGAUGGAGGACGACCUGGUGUCCGAGAAUGAUAUCUUGCUGUGGUCAGAGAAGGAGCUCCAUGAUGCUGCAAAGAGAAACGACACAGAAAGAAUGCAGGAACUGAUCAAGAAGGGUGUGGAUGUCAAGGCCAAGAAUAAAAUCGACCGUAAAGCGCUGCACUGGGCAGCGGGAGCUGGUAGUGAACAGGCUCUACGCCUCCUACUGGCCCAUGACACUGAAGUUGAUGAGAGGGACUCUUUUGGCAUGAACGCUCUGCUUCUGGCAUCCUGGUUUGGUCACCUAAAAAUCCUGCAGAUCCUGGUGUCCUGUGGGGCUAAGCUCAACUGUGAAAACAAAGAUGGUCUGAGUAUGCUGCACUGUGCUGCUCAGCGAGGCCACGUCAGUGUUUUGGAGUUCAUCAUGGAAGACCUGGAAGACAUCUGUCUCGACAGAGCUGACAAGUCAGGGAAGACUGCACUCCACCUGGCUGCUGAACAUGGACAAUUUGAAGUGGUGGAGUUUCUGAUUGGAAUGGGUUGCACACAUGGUUUGAAGGACAAGGAAGAGAACACAGCCAUGCAUCUAGCAGCAAAGUGUGGGCACAGCAAGGUUCUGCAGAAGAUCGUGGAGACUGGAGUCGACGUUGAUGAGAGGAAUAUAGAUGGUCUUAAAGCACUGCACCUGGCAGCUGAUGGAGGUCACUAUGAAUGUGUGAAACUGCUGCUGGAGUCUGGCUGUAAUAUCAAUGCACAAACUAAUAGGAACAUGAAUGCUCUCCAUUAUGUGGCAGAGCAUGGCUUUGACAGAGUGGCCAGUUUGCUGCUGGAGGCAGGAAUUAACGUAGAUGCUGUAAACAAUCAACACAACACACCACUCCACCUAGCUGUGCUGAGCAAUCACACAGAGGUUGUACGGCUGCUUAUAGAUGCUGACUGUGACCUGGACAUCACUGACAAUAGACAACAGACUGCUCUGCACAUAGCAGCAGAGCAUGGCCUGCAGGACGUGGCUGAGAUGAUGCUGAUCUCUGGUGUUAACCUCAGUCUGACUGACAAGCAGGGGAAAACGUGUCUGGAGGUGGCAGCAAGAGGAAAUCAUGUCAUCCUGGUCGACAUGAUCAUCAAAGCUGACCGCUUUUAUAAAUGGGAUAAGGAUCAUAUGGGCAGUGAGCAGGACCAAGACUUGGGGAGGCCUUUGAGCUUCAAGCAGGACCACCAGCCAGAGACACAGCACCUCCGCUCUGUCCUGUGGAGACUGGCCACCAAGCACCUCUGCCGUGGGGAAUGGAAGAUUCUGGCACAACACUGGGACUUCAGCGAUGCACAUAUCAGAGCUAUAGAACAACAGUGGACAGGUAUGAAAAGUUUUAAAGAGCAUGGUCACCGAAUGCUGUUGAUCUGGCUUCAUGGAGUCGUGGUGGGGGGAGAGAACCCGAUCAAAGGUCUCUACGAGGGGCUGGUAGAAAUCUCACGGACAGACUUGGCAGAGUGCAUCCGUCAGAAGGCGAAUGCAGAGCCCAGCUCUCCCAAAAUGUGCUGUGCAAUGUGAUCAACACUGUGAGUGGCAACACAACAACUCCAAGGUUUCAGUUCAUAUCAGGCCUGUAAAUGCCCAGAACUGAGCUUUUUAUUGUCCAUGACUUGUUUAUACAUUCACACAUUGAAUAUACUGUGAUUGGUCUGCAUUUGGUUCACAGAGCAUUUAUUCUCUUUUGGGGUUAGGCAAAAUGAUGGUUAUAAAUAUCUGCUGUCAAUGUAAUAUAACAGUUUGGUUUUAUUUUUUUAAUGCAUGCAGUGAACACUUGCUAACACCAUUCAUACUGUACUGUAUCUCUGUCCACAAAGGGCUUUUUUAGCACACUAUGACUACCUGUCAUUCAGGUAAUGUAAUGUAAUGCUUUCUCUUGCAAUGUCUCUCAAACUUAUUCUUCCUUCAAACUGUAUUGAGUGAUGUAGGAAAAGGAAGGCUCCAAAACACUCAGAAACACAUUGUUAUGGCUACUAGAUGUUACAGUAGCAAACAGUCACCCACUGUUCACCACCACUGUGCACCACAUCUGGCAGACACUAAACAAGUGCAAAUUUGA